AUGAUUGCCAAUAACAUUGCCUACACGGCCCCCAUCAACCCCGCGGGAGAAACCCCACUUUCCCACGCCCAAGUAUGGGCCGGCCUUAUCUUGAAAAUCCGCUCCGCUGAAAGCUUCGUGUCGGGAGCCAUCUCGAAGACUGAGGUGCUGAGUGAAUCUGUCGAUCCGUCCACGGGAAAUACCGUCAUUGUGCGAGAUGUGGUGUUCCGCGAAUCGGGAAAGAAGGUUCAGGAAACCGUUACAGCAUUUGAGCCCACCCGAGUGGAAUUCGAGCAAGCUGGAGGGAAUAUCAGCAACGUUAUAAGUGAGGGAGGUAAUGGGGAGCUUUAUUUGACUUAUGUAUUCGAAUGGAAGCAUCCGGAGGCGUCGAAGGAAGAGAUGGCGGAGUUUUUGGUGAAGGAGAAGAAUAUGGGGAAGACGGCGGUUGAGGGAACCCUUAAGGUUCUGCGACAAAUGGUUACGGAUGGGAAGCUGUGA